AUGAAAAACAAACUCAAGCAUGAGGAAGAUUCAAGAAUAACUAACUAUAUUUCAUAAUUGUCUAUUAUAGAAAAUGUAUCUAGUUUAGAAAGAAUGAUGAAGAAAUAAGUUUUUUUGUUUAAAUUAAAAAUUAAUUUUUUUGAAAAAAUGCAAUUGACUUGCAAGAGUCACAUGAAGAAUUUUAAUUACAUUUGUUUGAGCCAAACUUGUUCUGAAAAAAGAAUUGCUUGUUUCGAAUGCCUUUAAUAUGGGAAUCACAUUGGGCAUCUAUAGGAGGUGAAGGAGAUUUAGGACUUCUUUCAAUUGUAUUAAUAAGAGGCUCAUUAAAAUAAUACUUAACUCCACAAAAUUGGUAUAUAGAUCGAUACAAUAAUGAAAACAUUUUAAAUACUAAUAGAUGGGGUCCAGCUAAAGUAUUUAGUAACAGAAAGUCAAUAUUAACAAAUGAAUUCAGAAUAAAUAAAUGAUCUUGCCUAAUCUAUCUUUGAAUGGAGAAAGGAUAUAGAUUUUAUAGAAAAUACAAUUUUAGGUAGUAUCAACCAACUAUUAGGAUCAAUCAAUCAUUGCAUAAAUACUCUGUAACUAAAAUAGAAUAGUUUAAAACUACAAAAUAUCCCAUAACAAUAAAAACCUUUUAAAUAUGAAUUGAUUCAUUCGAUAAAUGAUGACGAUAUAUAUGCUUUUGCUUUCGAUAAUACCUCUUCAUUAAUGGUUGCUGGAUAUAGUUCAUAAAAAAUAAAGGUAUUCGAAUUCAGAGAGGAAAAAUUGAAUUGUCUUCAAGAAUUACAUAAUCAUAACUCCUUCGUUUAUUGUUUAUCUUUUAUGAAAAGAUCUUAAAGUUUUCUUUCGGGAGGAGGGGAUAAAUAAAUUUAUUUAUGGACUUUAAAUGAAAAUAACAACUGGAUUUGCAAAUAGAAAUUAUAGGGACACAAUGAUAAUAUCAAUUGUCUCAUAAUUAGUGAAAAUGAGGAGCUUAUUAUUUCUGGAAGCAGUGACUAAACCAUCAGAUUUUGGGAGAAGGAUGCAUAAUCAUCAUGGAAGUGCUUAUAAAUAUUACCUGUUCAUAAAAAUCCUGUUCAUUGCAUUAGUUUAAAUGAUUCAUAAAAAUAAUUAAUAUCAUGCGCUUAAGGAGAGAACGUAAUCAUCAUCAGUUAAUAAUUCCUUCAUAGUUAAAAUUGGGAAGUAAUAUAGAGCAUAUAAGUUGAUUUGUGGGGAUAUAGAUUAUGCUUUAUAAAUAAUUAUAUGUUUACAUUUUAGCCGAAAUCCAAAGAACAGAUGUAUAUCUAUGAAAUUGAUGAAAGCAACUUGUAAUUUAAAAAAACAAAACAAGUAUCAGUAAAAGGAGGACAUUGUUCAAUGUACUUUCCUCAAUAAUAUAUAAAAUCUAAAUCUAUUUUGCUCAAUAAAAAUGGAUAGCAUGUAAAUAUCAUGAGAAAAAUGGAGAACCAAGAAUUCGUGACUGAAUAAUCAAUUUAAUUUGGAACUGAAUACAUUUAUGGAAUGAUGUUUUAGGAUGGAGAUUACUUAAUUACUUAUGAUGAUAGUACAAGAUAAAUCUAAGUAAGAAAGCAUUAAAAUGAUUGA